AUGAGAUGUGGACUUCAAAGUAAAACCCUCAAGUACUAUGUGGUGGAUCCUUCUAUGCCAGAGACUAUUGAGUUUAAGCCAAGGUAUGUACGUUUGAUUUUCGACUUUAGUUUCACAGGUUUCGUUUUAUUGGAGAUUGACGGUCCUUCUAUGAUGAUGUAG